AUGCCCGUGUGUCCGUUGUCCGUGGAGUUCCUCAAGGCCUCACACUUCUCUCUGGGCCCUGAUCCGAGGCUGCACGAUGGUACUAUGCAGGGCACAACGCACAGAGACUAUCCCGCCUAUUCCUCUAUCACCCUGGUCCAGCCCAACUCAUCACCACCGCAAGGAACAAUCUUCCAAAGGGAGGCGCGGUGGGUGGCCCAGAAACGUGUUUCAGAGAUGCGCCGUGCAUUCUCACCACCUUCGCAGGACGAGCUGCGGAAGCCCACAUCGGAGCACACGCAAGCCAUGCAGACCAGCAACCUGCACUUGCACGCGGAUAUGCGUCCUGCCCUCAACCUGUCCAUUGCACGUACUGACUACGGCUGGCCAGAGCUACCACCGAGCGCCCGCGCGGAUAUCCGAGGGGCGCGCCUCCUCUUUGACCGGGAUUCGAUGCCCUCGGGUGACAGGAAGCAGCUGCGCAUGCCGCCCACCUCGUACCAGGCAUACUACCCACCCUAUGAUGCCGUCACCCCUCAGCCCCGUGCGCCCUGCAGCCAUCUAGGGGGUCCUAACACCCUGAAGUGGAACUACAAGGGACAGGAAGACACCUCCUACAAGAAGCAGUUCCAAGCCCUCCCAAGUCCACCAGCCUUGAUGUGUAAGAGGGCCUCUUCCAGUGUAAACCUAGGAGACAGCAAGGUUGGCUACAGUCCUCUGUGCUCACUCAUGAAGCAGACCUACACACCUCCGGGGCUGUCCCCACACAGGUAUGACAAGGCCCAGGCUGCAGCCCACAUCCACCAAGUGAACGUCGGUCCUGGAGACCGCCAGUUCCAUGGCAGAACCACCAUGAAUGACCACUUCGACGCCAAGGAGCCAGAGCCUUUUGUUCUUCACCACGAUAAGACUCCGGAGUCACACAUCAUGAAAGGAAACUGGUGCCCUGGCCCUGGCAGCCUUGCUACGUCAGCAAAGUUCUUCUACGGUGAGCCACCUCCUGCGACUCAGCCUCCAAGCCGACAUGUGUCCCACGAGAAACUGAAGGAUCACGUGGUCUUCGGAGACUCGAAACUGCUCGGAGACUUCUUCCAAACUUCCAUGGGCUCAGACUACUGUCCUCUGACGACCCCCAUAAAACGAAGAACCCUCAAAUUGUCUCUGUUGGAGAGUAACUUCCCUGAGGGCACCGGCGAAUUAGACUUUUUAACCACGAACCAAAUGAUGAUGAAGCCGCAUGGAAUAGUUCGAGCCACUAUCACUGAAGAUUUGCUAAGGAAGUGCAAAUACAGCCACAUAGAGCCCCCGCUGGGCAGACAACGCUUCUUCGCUACUCAGUAUCAAGAUGAAUAUCCCUUCAAGUACCAGGGCCCAUUGGUACAGAAGCUAAGUUACAUGCAUGAGAGCCAUUUGCCAAUGGGCACGCCCAAGUACCUUGGCUGCUGGCAUGAGCAAGUAGACCCUCGGGGCCCCCAGAUCCCUAUGUACCCUUGCCUGAGCCAGCAAUAA